AUGCAUAUCUACUGUGCACAAGAAACACACUCUCUCAACGACUGUGGCGCUCUACAGAUUCACGGGAACUGCCCUGAAGCUGCGAUCGAGUUGCUGCGCUUGGACAACCACACAGCAGAUCUGCGCUCCCAGAGCCCAGUCGUUGCAGUCAGCUGCGGACACUCCCUCCAGAACUGGAGGGACCACAUUUGUCUCGGCGACAUCUGCACCCACGGCAAUUUCAUCUCGGUCACCGAGGAGACGGAGCAGCCUUUUAGCCUGGUACCCUUCGAUGGCAUCUUCGGGUUGGGGCUGCCGCAAAUGUCGCAGGCGCCACACUUCAAUGUGCUGGAUUGCAUGAUCCGGGACAAGGUUCUGAAGAAGAACUUGUUUUCUGUAUUCCUGGCUGCCGACGAUCGCGACGAAAGCGAAAUUUCCUUCGGGGAGUUCAAGAGUGACCGCAUGGCAGACCAGCUGUUCUGGGUGCCGGUGUCGAACCCUGGCUACUGGCAGGUCGAGAUGGAGGAUGUCGCAGUCGGUGACAAGCUCCAGGGCCUUUGCAACGGCAAAUGUCAGGCGGCUGUGGACACUGGCACUUCGCUCCUCGCCGGGCCGUCCGAUGUCGUCCGCACCGUGGCCGGAAAAGAAGGCGCAUGUAGAGUCCAUCAGUUGGAUCCACCUCACAUGCUGCUCGGGCCAACGCCUCUCAGGGCUGUGCCGGCAGUGUCAUGGGUGCCCCACGCCAGCACUUCGAGCAAAGUGCGCUGUGCAUCUGUGGUACCAGCAGUUCGAGGUCGUGCCGGUGCCGUCGCCUGCCUCGUCGCCGGCCUGUGCCGGAGGAGCCCAGUCCGCUGUGCUCAGCUCCGAGCGACGCCUGCGGGGCCCAGCGAAGACCUUGAAAAGCAGUGGCAGGAGUACUACGAGCGAGAUGAGCGAGACGCCGAAGAGGGCUGGGCGAUCGAUGUCUUGGACGAUGACACGUUGUUGAAGCAGAUCCUGAGUCCGUCUCCGCGGCAAUCCAGAGUCGUUCGGCCAAUGCUCGGAGAUAAAGUCACCAUUCACUUCACGGCGAGAGUUGUUGAUGGGGACAUUUUCGAGACUACCAGGGAGGAUAACACCGGACCUUUGAAGUUCCGAAUUGGGCAUGGCGAGGUCAUGCGAGGGCUGGAAGAGUCAGUCAUGAGCAUGAGCAAGGGCGAGAUCUCAAGGUUCUACAUCGCCCCAGAGCUGGCAUUCGGAGAUCAAGGUAGAGAUAAGGUGCCUCCGGGGUCUUCUCUGGAGUACGAGAUCGAGCUCGUUAACGUAGUGGACAUGGACCCGGACGUGGACGAGUUUAAUGAAGAUAUUGAGAUCCCAAAAGACUUGGACAAGAUGGGCAAAAAUGAUGUCGGCGAAGGUGGCAAAGAUCCACUCGGGAAGUUCUAUUGGGAGAGGCAUGGCCAGGACAUGCUCGUCUUCAUUCCCAUCGAUCCUGCCGUUUCGAGCAGGGAUGUCGACUGCUUGCUCUUGAAGACUCAUAUCUCUGCUGCAGUAGCCGGUGAAGCCGUUUUCGACGGAGAGCCCGGCCUGGAGAUCGACGAGGAUGAGAGUGACUGGGAGAUCGAAAGCCGCGGUGGGCGAAGGGAUUACGUCGACCGUGACGGCCAUACGUGCACGUUGUCGCUGAUGACCAUGGACGUGCCACCGCCGAAAGGGCCCCUCUUUAUCUUUGGCGAUCCUCUCCUGCGCAAGUACUACACGGUCUAUGACCGUGAGAACCUGCAGGUUGGCUUUGCAAUGGCUGCGCAGCCAAGGCGCGGGGACGGCAAAGCCUGA